AUGAGCCCAAUUUCUGUCCCAAACAUGGCACAGAAGCUAGACCACCCAUACCAAGAAAAGGGAUCAGACAAUGAGGGGCUUCUUAACUACAUUAGCUUCAAUAUGCAACCAGAUAACAGCGGCUUCAGUUUUGAGGAAUAUAGACUCCGUGGGCCCAGUACUUGCAUCUCAGUUGGCUCGACUGACGAGGCGAGGGCAGCCAAUAUGUCGUCACUGCCCGUCGCAUUGAUCUCACGCCAUUCCCCUUACCUGAAAACAAUGUCCUCGAGUUCCGAGUUCUUUCCCAAAUCGCAUAUCAACCUCCCGGAUGAUGACGCUGUAGCAUUCGGCCUUUUUGUGGAAUGGCUAUACUAUGGAACUUAUGAUGACUUCCAACUACCGUCAUCUUCGAAUAUUCAUGCACGAUGUUGGAUUCUUGGCGACAAGCUCCUCUGCAAUGAGUUCAAGAACCACGCUAUGGGCCGUCUGUAUAAACAGCACAUGGAGUUUUCGGUGACAUGCCAGGAUGUGGAGUUUGUAUUUGCGAAUACGUCUGCGGCUUUAAAAUUAAGACAGUUUUAUACGGAUUUUAUCAAACAAAACUUCUCCAACCCGAAGAAGUUGCGUGGACCCGUCGGAAACUGGGAUGCAAUCUUGCAGAGGGAUGCAGAUCUUCGUAUUUCAUUGCUCCUUAGCAUCCGACAAGAUCAAUUGUUCAGCCAUCUGAAAUACCUGAAAGACUAUCUGGAUUUCGACGAAGUCUUCUUCACAGGAAUUACACCGCCAGCUGUGCAAGCUAUACAGUUGUCAGUUAGGCAGAAGAAGAAGAGGAACAAGAAAAAGAAUCAAAUAGCUAGCACUAAGAGUGCGGAAAGCGCCGAGCCACCUGACUCUAGUGUUGGAGUCCCGAGUCUCAAGCAGGAAUCUUCUGUAUGUAAUGGAUCUGAGCCAGUACAAGGUCCAGUCAGUGGUCAUGAUACCAAACCGAUAUGUCUGAGUCAGGAAAAGGCUACGGCCCCGCCCCAGACGGUAGAAAGCAAGGAGCGUACCGAAGGGUAG